UUCGUUAACAGCCGCUAACGGUUUGUUUCGCUCUCAGCGCUUCUCUGCCUCGCAGUGCCUCUGUCUAAAAUUCUGGAACCGCGUUCGCCGAUCCUUUGGCUCAAUUCCUAUACUCCUACACUCAGUUUGGAUCCAGCAGAAUGAAUAAAGGUGCAAGGAGCAACAGCAACAAUGCUGUGCCCAGCAACAACAACAGCAACGAUGUCUACAACAUAAUCGUGCUAGUCGUUGACAUUGUCAUCUUGAUUGCAAAAUUCUGGGCUGCCAUUUUUGAAUCAAUUGUGAAGCUGUUUGUGACCCAGGAGGAGGAAAAUGUCCAGGGCAAGACUGUCCUGAUCACGGGCACUGGACAUGGCAUGGGCAAGGAAAUGGCUCUGCAGUAUGCAGCCCUGGGCGCCAAGCUCAUCUGCUGGGACGUCAACGAGAAAACGAACGAGCAAACUGUGAAAGAAAUCAAACAGAAGGGCGGCACCGCGUUCGCCUACACCGUGAAUGUGACCAACCGGGAGGAGAUUAUCGAGCUGGCCAACAAGGUUAAGAAGGAGCAUGGCUUCAUCAGCAUUGUGGUGAACAAUGCCGGCAUUAUGCCCUGCCAUCCCCUCCUCGAGCAUACAGAGGGCGAGAUUCGCAUCCUCUACGACAUCAAUGUGCUGUCACAUUUCUGGAUCAACCAAAUCUUCCUCCCUGACAUGAUUGAGCGCAAUGAGGGUAGCAUUGUGGCGCUCUCCUCCUGCGCUGGUCUUUUCGGCGUCAAGAACUUGGUGCCCUAUUGUGGCACUAAGUUUGCUGUGCGUGGUUACAUGGCCGCCUUGGCCGAGGAGCUGCGACACAAAAAUCCUCAGAACAAUAUCAAGUUGACCACCAUCUUCCCCUAUAUGAUCGACACUGGACUGUGCAAGAACCCGCAUUAUCGCUUCCCCAAACUGAUGAAGCUUAUUUCCCCCAAGGAUGCAGCCAGCUCCAUCAUUGAGGCUCAGCGAAAGGGUCUAGAGGAGGCGGCCGUGCCCCGUCACUUUGUGGCCGUGGAGAAGCUCGGACGAAUGAUUCCGAAGAAGGCGAUGCGGUUGAUCGACGACUUCCUUGACGCUGGUGUCGAUAGUGAUAAAUUGUAGUUGCAAUGACCAUACAUCAUACAUACAUACAUAUACAAGUAUGUACGUAGUUUAUUAACGAAAAACAAACCAAAA